CUCGUCCCUCUCUCCCGCUCAGUCCCCAUUUUCAAAAUUAAAAUAAAGAAAAAAUAAUCAGUUCUCAAGCGAAGGAAAAGCUCGUGUGCUUCUGAAACUUCCAACUCCUUAUUGGAAGAUGGUGAACGAAGCUCUUAUCUCCGAUCCGGUGGAUCCUCUCCACGGCCUUGCCGGACUUUCUCUACUCCCCACAACAGUUAGGGUUUCCACCGACGCCUUUGUAUCAGUAGACCCCAAAGACCUUGAGUCAAUUCACAAUUUCAUGAAGUCCAUGGAAAUGAAGAGUCCUGGGCUCUUGGAGGAGGCAAGGGCAAUUGUGGAUAAUGGUGCGGAACUUUUGAACACCAAGUUCACGAGUUUUAUACUGUCUAAGGGCAUUGAUGGGGAUCUUGCAAUGAAGGGCAAGGAGAAGCUCCAAGAGAGAAGACCGGGCCUUGGUCGUAAAAGGGCUCGAUUUUCUCUCAAGCCUAGUGCAAGUCAACCUACUGUCAGCGUAGCUCCUCGUUUAGACAUUGAUCAACUGUCAGAUCCAGUGGAAUUUUUCUCAGUUGCUGAAAAGCUAGAAGAUGCUGAAAAGGAAAUAGAAAGACAGAAAGGCAGCAGUAUCCAUGAUCCAGAUGUGAAUAAUCCACCCGUCACUGUACGGCGUCGUCGACCAGGCAUCUUGGGCAAAUCGGUGAAGUAUAAGCACCGUUUCUCAUCUAACCAGCCUGAGAAUGAUGAUGCAUUUAUAUCAUCUCAAGAGACAUUGGAGGAAGAGAUUCUGGUGGAACAUGGUUCUCAGUUGCCAGAAGAGCUCCCUGGCCUCAAUGUUGAACUACAAGAAGCAGAUUUCACAGGGUCAAUAAAGAAAACAGAAAACAGAAUCAAUGAGAUUUUGGAUGAAUUACUGUCUGGUAGUGGUGAAGAUCUAGACGAGGACAUGGCAGUAUCCAAAUUGCAAGAGCGGUUGCAGAUCAAGCCCAUUGAACUAGGCACCUUAUGUAUUCCUGAGUUCCCCGUGACUGGAAAGCUUGAUGGUAAGGCUUUUGGAGAGAGGAUUCAGAAGCCUAGGAAGUUUUCACUGGAGAUACGGGAGUUGGUUAAAAGUGCAACUGAGGGAACACCUUCAUCUCACAAACAGCAUGUAGAAAGUCCUGCCAGUAAAUUAGCAUCACCCACUCCACCAAAAAGUCCAUUUGCUUCAUUGUCUUUGUUGAGAAAGAACAUUAUGCAGCCAAAUCCACUGAGAGAUCCUUUUUCGCCUCUCAACAUUGAUCUGCUAUCAGGGCAUCCAGAUUGGUCCGUGAAGAUGAAAUCACAAUGUGUAAAUAAUAAUGUUGGACCCACUGAAUCUCAUGGUGAGACAGAAACACUUGCUGGUUGUGAAAAUACGAAUAUUAUGGUCCCUUUAAGAGGUUCAGACUUAGUGCAUGAGCAACUGAUGGAAAAGAAUUUGGGCAGAGAUAGUGUAAAAACUGGGCCAAAUGGAUCUCGAUCUGGAAUGGAGCAACGAAAGGGUUAUGAUGAUACUAACGUCAACUUAAGUAUGAGAAAUGUGGAUUCCCACCAUGAGUUGGAUGGGCUUGACAUAGUGAAAGAUGAUUCAGUGAUAAACGUUGUUUUGAAGGAUCAACAAGGCCUUGAGACCGAAUCCUACAUAAACUGUCAAAAGCUGCAGGAUGGGGAAGUUCUUGCAGAAACACUACCUUCUCUUCAAGCCCAAGGAAAAGCUAAUGUUACAGCCAAUUAUACCAUUGAAACAGUUGUUGAGGAUUUUGGAUCAACUGAAAUUGAUCAGCAGCAGGUUGACAAUAUGCCACCAGAAACAGUGCCUUCUGCAGAACAAGAUCAUCACUUUGAUGAUUCUGUCAAAGACUUGAAUAGUGAUCAAUUGAACUCAGUUACAGUUGAAGUUCCUUCUAGUCAAGUGAGAUCUAAAUUUCCUGAGAUGAGCCCUCAGCAUUACACCCAGGCAAAAGAUGAUCAGCAGAAAGCAAAGCGACCUGCUGUCGGAAGGCGUGAAAGAAAACAUCUUUCUUCUAGGCCAAGUCUAGCAGAUGCUGGUACAUCAUUUGAAAGUGGGGUUAGACGAAGCAAACGAAUGAAGACAAGGCCUUUGGAAUAUUGGAAAGGCGAAAGAUUAUUAUAUGGACGGGUUAAUGAGGGUUUGAAGCUUGUUGGCCUGAAAUACAUUUCUCCAGGAAAGGGAUCAUUUAAGGUGAAGUCUUAUAUCCCUGAUGACUACAAAGAUCUAGUUGAUUUGGCAGCUCGCUACUGAUUUUCUAACAACAUUGGUGGAUGGGUUACCUUUCUGGAUCUUGUCCCAUACUUCAGUUUUAAAUACAAAUGUAGCCAUUGUAUGUAAUUUACCCGAGGUAGAUUUUAUAACAUUGUGAAACUUGAAUUAUUAUCUUUGAUUUGUUGAGCGUUAUUGCUCCAUCUAUCCAUUAACCUGAAGAACAAAUGACUCCACAGUGCUUCAGACAUUUAUGGUGUCUUGUUAAUGUUAAUUGAGGACACUACAAAGCAUGACCUAUAAUAGCAAAAGGCUCUGUUUUGUUUCUGUGUUA